AAUAUUGGGUGGGAAAAAGGCGCGUAGUGGCAGUUGCAGACACAUUAUGCAAACCCCUGCAAUGCCCCACUUCCUCCGUCAACACAGCCCGCUUCUCAUCUCUGCUUCUCCUCUCUGCUUCUCCAAACCCAAAUACAAACCCAUAACGAACCAUUUCUCCUUCUCUACCUCUUCUUCUUCUUAUUCUUCUUCUUCUUCUUCUUCUUCUUCUUCUUGUUUCAAUUACAAACUUAUUAGCAAUGCCCUUCCUCAAAGACAAGAAUCCUUCGCAAAUAAAGAGGAAGACGAAAACGAAGAAGAAGAGCAGCUAAGUAGCAGAAGAACUGGAGAUUCAGGAACAAUAAUAUCGUCUUGCGUGGUGGGCGUCCUUACAGGACUCUCCAUUGUCCUCUUCAAUAAUAGUAUCCAUGAACUUCGUGAUUUUUUUUGGGAUGGUAUUCCUUAUAGAGGUGCCUCCUGGUUGAGAGAAGAGCCUCUCUCUUCUAUCUGGAUUCGUGUCAUCUUCGUUCCCGCUUCCGGUGGUUUAAUUGUCGCCAUUUUAAACGCAAUUCGAUCUUUUCUAGAUGAUUCUAAUGAUAAGAACCCCAAGUUGGGGGCUGCUUUCAGUCCUUUCCUUAAGGCAGUGGCUGCCUGUUUUACCCUAGGAACUGGCAAUUCCCUUGGCCCUGAAGGCCCUAGUGUUGAAAUUGGCUCUUCUAUUGCUAAAGGAAUUGGUUCUCUUACUCUCUCUAAUAAAGAUUCCCAAACAAAGCUCUCUCUUUUGGCUGCCGGCUCUGCUGCUGGAAUCGCUUCCGGGUUCAAUGCUGCUGUUGCGGGGUGUUUUUUCGCAGUGGAGUCAGUGUUGUGGCCGUCGUCUUCAUAUGCAUCUCCAUCUCUCACAAACACCACGUCCAUGGUUAUUCUUAGUGCUGUAAUCGCUUCUGUUGUGUCAGAAGUUGGUCUUGGUUCUGAACCUGCCUUUAAAGUACCUGAGUAUGACUUCCGCUCUGUUGGUGAACUCCCAUUGUAUCUGUUGCUUGGUGUCCUUUGCGGCUUGGUUUCUUUGGCCCUAUCCAGAUGCACAUCAUUUCUGUUGUUAGCGGUCGACAAUCUUCACAGGGAUGUUGGAGUACCAAGACCUGUAUUUCCCGUACUGGGUGGCUUAGUGGUUGGGACAAUAGCCUUGGCUUAUCCCGAAACCCUAUACUGGGGAUUUCAGAAUGUUGACAUUUUGCUGGAAUCUAGACCAUUCGUGAAAGGCCUCUCUGCUGAUCUACUGCUUCAACUUGUAGGAGUCAAGAUAGUUGCAACCUCUUUGUGCCGGGCAUCUGGACUAGUAGGAGGCUAUUAUGCUCCAUCCCUCUUUAUUGGUGCUGCUACAGGAAUGGCAUAUGGGAAACUCAUUGGUUUGGCAGUUGCUCAUUCUAGUCCGGUCCUUCAACUUUCCAUAUUGGAAGUUGCAUCACCACAAGCAUAUGGCCUGGUGGGAAUGGCUGCAACACUUGCGGGAGUGUGUCAAGUGCCUCUUACUGCAGUUUUGCUGCUUUUUGAAUUGACUCAAGACUACCGAAUAGUGAUCCCACUAUUAGGCGCUGUAGGGUUAUCUUCAUGGAUUACAUCUGGGCAGACAAGAAGAAAAGAAAUCAAAGAGAUCAGAAAAGUCAGCAAGGGAAAUGGUCUUCCAGCUCAACAAACUGAACCAUCUUCUGAUUAUGUACUGGCUGAAACAGCUCCUUAUGCAAGUAAUCUUUGUGAAGUUGAAAGUUCUCUUUGUGUAGACGAUCCUACUAUUGAAAAUGAACUGCUAAAGAAGAGAAUUUUUGUAUCAGAAGCCAUGAGAACCCGAUAUGUUACUGUUUUCAUGAGCACUUUAGUUACUGAAGCAGUGAGUCUCAUGCUUGUGGAGAAGCAGUCUUGUGCUAUGAUUGUCAACGACAAAAAUAUUUUAAUUGGACUCCUCACCCUUGGAGACAUUGAGGGGUUUAGCAAAAUUGCAAAAUCAAAAGCUGAGAGAGCUAAGGAGCUUGUGGUAUCUGAUAUCUGUUCAUUGGAUAGUGAAAAUUGUCAAGUACCAUGGACUGCUAAGCCUAGUAUGGACCUUUUCUCUGCACAAAUCAGCAUGGAUCAAUACGGGCUGAGUCAGGUUCCAGUUAUUUCUGAGAAUGUUGAAGAACAAAUAGGGAACCCAGUUGGCCUUUUAGACACAGAAUGUAUCAAUGUAACUUGCAGAGCUCUUGCAACCAGAGAAUCCCUCACAUAAUACUCCAUGAUGGAAAAGCAAAGCCAACUAUAUGGGGAUGAAUAGUUGGCCUCUGUGAUAUUUGCCAUCAUAUAUCAGAAGUUGGAAAUUAAUGCCUCUAGUUUUUAGUGAGAAGGUCACAUUUCAAACUGCUGCUAAAUCCAUGGGCAUGCAUGCAAGAGAGUUCUUGCUUAAGUGGCGGCUAUGUUGUGCUUUAAGCAGCAGCUGGACCAAUAAACAGGUAAAGAAAAGGACUAUUCUUUUGUCAUAGGCUAAUCUGGGUGGGGAUCAAUCGCCAGCUACUAUGAAGAGAUAUGAUGGGAUGAUAACUUGUGCAAGGAUAUUUUGGAAAGCAUCGAAGUCGUUGAAUUACAUGCAACAUAGGUACUUCCUCUUCAUUGGUUUUUCUCGAAUGUUGAAAUUGGGAGAUUCAAAUUUGAUAAUACACAAGGUUUACUCAUCUUGUAUACUGUUCAUGUAUAAUUUUUCAAACUGAGCCUGGGAUUAGAUUCUUCUAUCACAGUGAUAAGAAGCACAUGCUGGCAAUGACUGCUCAAGAACUGACCAACUAAAGCACUAAACUCUGGAUCUCAGUCCCAUGAAAAUGUCUUGUGCAACAGCUGUUUAUUCUUUUGUUCAGGAAUCUUUUUCUGUUGCUUGUACAAUGGAUGUUAGGUUCAACAAAUAAUCAUAACUGGUUCUGUUAAAAUUGUUAACAAGGACAAGGUUAAUACCAGUUUACUGAAACUAUUACAAUGUGAAGUUAUGUUUAAGACAUUCAAUACAAGUUUGCACGUUUAAACCA